UCGCCUAAACAAUAGAGUUCUCAAAGGUUCCCAUUUAUUGGACAUAUAUCCCAUCUUGGACUUUUCUUUACCGUGAUCUAGUCGCAGGAAUGAGACGAAAUAAAUAUGAAAUCAGGCAGUGGAAGAGGGGAGAUGAGGGAGAGGCUGAGUCAGGCUGCGGGAGGAGAGAUGGAGGCUGCUACCCGGACAGUGUACACACACACCUACAUUUUCCGUUCCAGCGUCUGGCUAGCAUCCCGGAGAAGUCUCAUCUCCGCGCUGCUGAGGCUCAAUCUUCCUUUUCAGCCGGGACGGUACUUUUUCAACACCCCAGGCGCCACCAUGGCCAGUGAGGGCCAUCAAGAUGUGGAAGACAGCAUUCCUGUUGAUGUGCCUACCGCAGGAAUUAUCAUUAUAGGUGAUGAACUUUUGAAGGGCCAGACGCAGGACACUAACACUUAUUUCCUCACAAGACACCUUCACAGUUUUGGAGUCAAAGUCAAGAGGGUCUCGGUGAUUCCUGAUGAUGUUCAAACUAUAGCUGAUGAGGUGGCACAGUUCUCAAAACAAUUUACAUUUGUUCUAACAUCAGGAGGAAUUGGUCCAACUCAUGAUGAUAUCACAUUUGAAGGAGUGGCUGCCGCAUUUGGGGAAACUGUUCAUCCACAUCCAAAGCUGGUACAGUUUAUCGGUGCCUAUUUCAAGACUGAUGACCUCAGUUCUCCUGCUAUGAAGAUGGCUCACAUUCCAAAGUCUGCAGUACUUCACUAUGGUGACAGCAAAACAAAAAGCAUCAUAUCUCAAUAUCCAAUCAUCAGUGUGAAAAAUGUGACCAUAUUCCCAGGGGUCCCACACCUAUUAGAAAGAGCUUUUGGGCUCUUAGGCAAGAAACUGUUCCACAGACCAGGUGUUGAGUUCUGUGUUGGUGUUUUGUACUUAACGACAGAUGAAGUGUCCAUUGCUUCUAUGCUGAAUGAAACUGUGGCUAAAUUUCCGUCCGUGUCAUUUGGAUCCUAUCCAAAAUUAUUCCAUAGCUACUAUAAAACAAAGAUCACCAUGGAGUCCCUUGAUGCUGACGUUCUAGCAGCAGCAGAACAGCAUCUUCGGAGUAAGCUUCCAGGAGGUUUUGUAAUAGACUACAAGGAGGACACUGUCACUUCACCAUGGGAAUACAUUGACAAACUUCUGUUAUCAUCGCCUUCCUUACAGGAACCUGUAGAAGAAACUUUGAAUAUCCUUAAGCAGUGUUAUGAUCAAUAUAGAGCUGAAGAAAUUUGUAUUUGUUACAAUGGAGGUAAAGACUGUUUGGCAGUACUACACAUAGUCAAUGCCAUGAUGCAGCGGAAUUUUCCGAAUACCAAACUCCAAGCUGUGUACAUUACAGAGAAGAAUGCUUUUCCUCAGGUCACAAAGUUUGUUCAGGAAUCCAUAAACAGAUAUAACUUGGAUUGUGAGAUUCUUCCGGGUCCAAUGAAAGUUGCAUUGUUCAAGUUGCUGGAGAAAAGACCGAAAAUCAAAGCUGUCAUCAUGGGCACUCGACAGGGUGACCCAUACUCGGAUACUCUCGAGUUCUUCUCACCAACUGAUAAGGAUUGGCCCCCAAUGAUGCGUGUCAGUGCAAUCCUCAACUGGAAAUACAAUAAUGUUUGGGAUUUUAUUCGUGGUCUUUAUCUUCCCUACUGCAACCUCUAUGACAGAGGAUACACUUCCUUAGGCAGUCAAGAUAACACUCUGCCAAACCCGUUCCUUGAGACAAGAGACCGCAUUGGCCAAGUUACAUACCUCCCUGCAUACCUACUCAAAGACCAUCACAUGGAACGCAAAGGACGAAUUUCAAGCAAACAUUGACAAUGCCUAACAGUGUAUUUUGUUUACAGGGGUGUGGGGGUAGGAAUAAAUUUCAAAUAUAUUUUACUGUACAAUUAAAUGGACUAAGUAUGUUUUAAAUCAUGAAAUUGAGUUAAAUGUUAUCAGAUUGUCAUUAGUCAAAUAAUUUUCCACUCUGCUCAUGUCAGUAGCCAACCACAUGAAUGACAGUUGCUUAAUUUCA